AUGCAUUCAUCAGUACUUGUCGCUGCUCUCGCUUGCUGCCAGGCAGUAGUCGCAGCUCCAACCGAGGGCCCAGCUUAUGGACACCCAUCAUAUUCYCCAGCACAUAUUCCAUGCGACGACCACAGCUGCAGUCAUCACGAUCCCUACAGUGGUUACGAAGCCAAGUCAUACAUCGACAAAUUCGACGACCUGCCACAAUCAAUCAUCUCCCUCUCACCCGUCAAGAAAUACGGAGGCCUAAACUACAAAGCAUUCUUCAGCGCCACUCCCAGCAAACUUACAGGCCCUCAACCUCAUUCCCCUUCAAACGUCGUAGCCUACGGAGCCUACGGAUCUCUUCUCCAGGGUGCCCCAAUCCUCUCGCCAAUCGAAAGCAAUUCCAUCUUCGAUCUUCACUCCUUCUACUUUGGAUGUGCCAUCAACACCGCCGAGACCGCGGCCGGCGUGCCUUCUACCUGCACGGUGACGGUAACUGGAUACGAUGGAACCCGGAAAAUCGGAAGCGAGGAAUUCAAAUUCACUCCCGAGGGGAUUUUGGAUCUGAAGCCUGACUUCCAAUUGGCUGAAUUCGGGAAGUGGGCAAAGGGUAUGACUUCUGCGGAGUUCGAGACAAGUAAUGGUUUGUUGACUGGUACUCUUCUGGAUGACUUUGCGUAUACUGUGUAUACAAAGGAGUAG